AUGGCUGAAUCUGAAUCUAUUCACAGAAUACUUGCAGACAUCGAAGCCCAAAACCCCAUUUCAGCCGAAUCCCUCAAAGACUUCCAAGCCCUUUUGGAUUCCUCAAUCAGAACCAAUGAUUCUUCAACUCUGGAUUACGUUUGUACUGAACUUUCCUCAAGAAAUCUCUCCCCAAAUUCAUUGAUUUCAGCCCUUUCCGCAGUUAUGGAUUCAGGUGAGCCAAAAAGGGCGAAUCUUUCCUUGUUGGCUUCAAAUGUUUACUUGUCUUUGAUUCUAUCCCCAAAUUCCCCAGUUUUUACAUUGUUUACUCCUAUGGCUUUUGUUUCUCUUCUUCGUUCGAUUCGAAGGGGCAUCAAGAAUAAUAAUUCGGGGCUGUCAAAUGAGGGUUUUUCUUCCGAGGUUCAGGGUAGGAAGAGGAAGGGGAGUGGAGGGAAGAAUAAGAAGGGGAAACAGUUGCAAGAGAGUGAUAAUGAGGGUGAUGAAGGAGGUUUGGAUGUGAAGCUUCUGUUCAGGGUUCUUGAGAAUUUGGAAACGGUUUUGGGAUUGGUUCAUUUGGAUAGGUUUGAGGAUAGUUUGAGGAGCUUGGUUCAAACAAUUGCUGAGAUUCCUUUGGUGGUGGGAAAUGAGGUAUCUUGCCGGAGCAGUAAUACUACUGGGAGUCAUUAUGGGAGAUUGUGUGAGUUUUGUUCACGGAUUUUGAAUGAAGUGCUCAAGUCCGAGCAUGGAGACCAGAGUUUGUCUGCAGCUGAAGUGUUGAAAUGUUUGACACCCUUGAUUCUUUCUUCGCACAAAUCGACUGUGAGGAGGUUUGCUUUGGAGUUUGUUGUGAACAGGAUGACGAGGUUGGCCGGAAGUUCGCCUGAGAUCAAGAAAGCAGUUGUCAAUUUGCCUAAGUAUUUGGUGCAUAAGGCUCCAGAGAAAGCCGAACCAAGAGCUUUGGCAGUUGAAUGUAUAAUGGAGAUUGUUAAAGUGUUCGAAUUUGAGGAUCAAGUGGAGUUUGUAGAUUACUUAGUGAAGAUGAGUCAAGGAAAGGGUCAAUUCAGGCUUCUAGCUGUGGACCUUAUUUUUAUACUGAUGACUACUUUGAAAGAUCCACUGGGGUUGGAAUCAGAUAAUCCAGAUGAGAACUUUUGGGGUUGUCAGUGUCUGGAAGUGUUGAUUCAGCGUUGCUCAGAUACAACUGCUACAAUUCGAGCCAGGGCUUUGACUAAUCUAGCUCAAUUAGCAGGGUUUUUAGGCCAAAAUGAAAGGAGCAAGGAAAUAUUGAAGGUUUUAAUGGGUAUCGGAAAUGAGGGAUCUACUAGAUUUCAAGGUGGGAUGAACAGUCUGUUGCAAAGAAGGUGUCUUGAUGAGAAGGCUGCAGUUAGGAAGGCAUCCCUCUUUUUGAUAUCGAAGUUAAUUGCACUUUUAGGUAGCAGCUUUAAUGGAGAUUUGCUGAGGAUAGUAGGCAUGGCUUGUUCAGACCCUCUUGUUAGUAUACGGAAAGCAGCUCUAUCAGCUCUAUCAGAGGCCUUUAGGUUGUUCCCUGAUGAAAAUGUAUCCAAAGAAUGGCUGCAUUCUGUUCCUCGUUUAAUAGCAGACAAUGAAUCUAGCAUACAAGAAGAAUGUGAAACUUUAUUCUCAGAACUAGUUCUUGAUCGGGUGUCUAAGGCCACAUUUCACAAGGAUCCUGGUUCCGGUAAUAUAAAUGGAGAGACACAAGCCUUAGAUAGUGAAAUAAAGCUAUUAUAUCCUGAGGGAGUUCUGUGUAUUUUAGAGGAGACUUGUCAUGGUGAAGUGACUCCUUGGGUUAGGAAGAUCUGUGCAAGCCUUGGGAAAAAAAAAAACCUUAAGCCAAAAAUUGCUUCUGCCUUGCAGAACAUAAUAUCUGCAUCUGAGUCCCUGUGGUUGAGUCACUCUAUGCCCAUCGAAAAGUGGACAGCACCACGAGGUGCUUGGUUUCUAUUGGCAGAGGUAUCUGCCUUUCUUCCAAAAGAAGUAGAUUGGGAAUUCCUUAUCCAUCAUUGGCAGCUCUUUGAUAAGCAUAAGUCUGCUGCUGAACCUUGGAGUGCAUAUGAGACAGUAGAUGAUGAAGUGAAUGUGGAAUCUAAUUCUGUUUCCUGGGCCGGAGAUCGUGUCUGCCUCUUGCAAGCAAUCUCAAAUGUCACUGUGAAUCUGCCCCCUGAACCUGCGGCAGAUCUAGCACAUCAGUUUCUCAAACGUCUUGAGGAAUUCAACAUGCAUUCCACAGAGGUUAAUGCUCAUGUGAAGGCCCUUAGAACACUCUGCAAGAGGAAGGCCUUAAACCCUGAUGAAGCUGAAACUCUGGUUGCAAAAUGGGUGCAUCAACUUCUUUCUAAAGCAUUGCAAAUGAUAGAUUCAUACAUCUCAAAGGAAUCCGAGAAGAACAAAGACAAUACCUUUCGUACACCACAUUGUAGUGGCCGUCGUGGAACGAGAGCACAAGUUUCCAGGUCAAGAUUAUUAUCACAGGCUGUCACUGCAGUUUACACCAUUGGUUCAUUGGUGUUGGUUUGUCCUUCUGCUGACUUAAAAGCCGUAGUCCCCGUGUUACAUACCAUCAUCACUUCUGGAAAUGAUGUCACAAAAUCUAAGAUCUCAUUAGGGGCUACUAUUUCUAUAAAGCAGACAGCACCACCGUUAUACAUUAAUGCAUGGCUAACUAUGGGCAAGGUCUGUCUUGCUGACGGAAAACUGGCAAAGCGUUAUAUUCCUAUAUUUGUGCAGGAGCUUGAGAAGAGUGACCUUGCCGCUCUUAGGAAUAACAUCAUUGUCACAAUGGCAGACUUCUGCGUACGACACACUGCACUUGUUGACUGUUAUAUGCCAAAGAUUACAAAGUGCCUUCGUGAUCCAUGUGAACUAGUCAGAAGGCAUACUUUCAUUCUGCUUGCUAGGCUUUUGCAGAGGGACUAUGUGAAGUGGCGAGGGCUUUUGUUCCUUCGGUUUCUAAUGUCCCUUGUUGAUGAAUCUGAGGCAAUUAGACGACUAGCUGAUUACCUGUUUGGAAACAUCUUGAAAGUUAAGGCACCCCUUCUAGCUUAUAAUAGCUUUGUUGAAGCUAUAUUUGUUCUGAAUGACUGCAAUGCUCACACUGGACGAAGUAACCCCCAGAACUCAAAAAAUGAAAACCUACACUUUUGCAUUCGAGGUAACGAUGAGCAUUCAAGGUCUAGAAGAUUGCACAUAUAUGUCACUUUGCUGAAGCAGAUGGCUCCAGAGCAUCUUCUGGCCACUUUUGCAAAAGUAUGUGCAGAAAUUCUUGCUGCUGCAUCUGAUGGUAUGCUGAAUCUUGAGGAUGUUACUGGAAUGUCCGUUCUGCAGGAUGCUUUUCAAAUUCUUUGCAGCAAGGAGAUCCGAUUUCCAUCCACCCGAUCGUCCGCAUCUGACACUGCAGAGAUGGACGAUGAUGGAGGUGAUGCCGGUGGAUCAUCAUUGGCUGCUGCCAAGGGAAGAGCUAUCACGCAAGCUGUCAAAAAGGGCCUGAUCCAAAAUACAGUCCCCAUCUUUAUAGAGUUAAAACGGUUACUGGAGAGCAAACAUAGUCCUCUCAUUGGCUCCCUUAUGGAAUGCCUUCGAAUCCUUCUCAAGGACUACAAGAAUGAAAUUGAUGAGAUACUAGUUGCUGAUAAGCAGCUGCAGAAGGAACUUAUCUACGACAUGCAAAAGUAUGAAUCAAUGAAGGCAAAGUCAGCGGCUGCUGAAGCUGUUGCAACCAUGCAAAGAUCAGAAGCCUACAAGUCACCAGAUCCUAAGAAUGCAGCAAGAUCUGGUCCCUCAAAGUACAAUAAAGCAGAAGCCUUUAAGUCACCUGAUGCAGCAAGAUCAGGUCCCUCAAAGUAUAAUAAAACGGUUUCUAACUCUAAGGUGGCUUCAGCCAUGGCAGAUGCAGUUGCUGCCACAAGAGCACGGGCCCUGCUCAGGGAAGUUAACCACCACGCAUCAACUCCACCACUAAGUGCUAUGAGUGUUCCUAAGCUCAAGUCAGGCACAGGAAUUGUUAAUGGAGUAGCAGAUAAGUCAUCAGCUAUAAUAGAGUCUUUAAGGAAAAGACACUCCUUUGACUCUGAUGAAGAGAACUGA